AAAGUGGGACUAUACAUAUGUAGGUACCGAGUGUAUAGCAUAUUUUUGUAGCGUUUAAACUGAAAUAAUGCCAUGUCAGGGCACGUUGGAAAAAAACCCGAGACAACAACUCCGCACUCGCACGUGGAGACAGAAAAACAAAGCAAUGUUGACCAUUUCAUAAUUGAUACGUGUGCGGAUGAACUCUACUACUGUGAAGAUUGUGGCAACGACUUUGACAGCAUCGAGUCGUAUAACCAGGCGCACAGUGGGCCCGACAGCUGUUCAGGCACUGUUGAGGCCAGAUCCAAGGUGACGGUGCAUGCCGUGGAGAUUAAAGACGAAAUACAGUUCGAUGACGACACAAUAGACAUUGAUUCCAUUGUGGUUGAGGAUGAUUUGAUUGAGGAACUGGACGAGGCAAGCGAGCCCCAGCUCUGGGAUGUGCUGGAAGAUGAUGAACCGAUGCCAGCGACCGAAGCUGAAGUAGACGAAGUCGAGGAAGUGUCGAAUAAAUCGGAACGCUACUUCUGCUUCGAUUGCCAUAGCAUAUUCGAGACACGUCAGAGCGCCGAGGACCACAGCUGUCCACAAGCCGACGCAAAUGGUGAAGCACGCAGCAAACACAACACCAAGCUGGCCAAAACGCAAACGCCAAUGCGACGCAAAGUCACAGCUGCCGCAGCGGGAAGCAGCAAUAGCACCAGCACCGUUUGCCACAUUUGCCAAACGAAAUUCAGUUCUCCCAAAUGCCUCAAGUUCCACAUGCGCAUCCACAACAAACGUGCCUCCAAAUCCAUACAGGAUGCGCUGCCCGUCGGCGCGCAUCAGCAGUACAGCGAGCUGGAUCAGUUCUAUUGCGAAAUAUGCAACAAGAGCUUCGAGCAGAAUCUGUUGACUGUGCACAAGCAGAUGCAUCAGAGCCAGAAGCAGUUCUUGUGCGGCACAUGUAAUCGAAAGUUCGAUAAUGUGACCAACUAUGAGAUGCAUCUGAAAAUUCAUGAACGCCAUGCGCUGAACAACAACAGCAACGCCAAUAAAAAGCCCGCCAAUCUAAACAAGGAUAAACCAGGAUUCGCCUGUCAAUACUGCGAGCGCGUCUUCUCGCGGCCCUAUGAAAAGGUGAAGCACGAGCGCGUCCACACUGGCGAGAAGCCCUACAGCUGCGAGGUGUGCGGCAAAACGUUUCGCGUUUCCUACUCGCUGACGCUCCACCUGCGCACGCACACAAACAUACGGCCGUAUGUGUGCACCACCUGCAAUAAGCGCUUCAAGUCGCACCAGGUAUACUCGCAUCAUUUGCGCAUUCACAGCUCGGAGCGUCUGUAUGUUUGUGAUAGCUGCCCGAAGUCCUUUCGCACCUCCGUACAGCUCUACGCGCAUAAGAAUACGCACACGAAGCCUUAUCAGUGCGCCGUCUGCAAUCGUCCCUUUGCCUCGUUGUAUGCCGUCAAGGCGCACAUGUCGACCCACCGAACUGGCGACGCGAAAAGCAUCAGCAGUGCGGCCAUCAAAAGCCAGCAGAUAUCCAACAAAUAUUGGUGCGUUACUUGCGGUGCGGAGUAUGCGCGACCCUUUGCUCUGCGUCUGCACAUGAAGGCAGCCCAUGGCCAUCCAGACGAUGCGGACACACGACUGGCCAGAGUAGCCGCCACAGACGAGGAUGAGAUUAUUGUUCCAGACACCGAAACGGCGGUACUCAUAGCGGCGGCCAAGGCAGAUUCAGCCUAUCUAAAUGCAGCCGCCAAUGAUGUAGACGUUAUGGGUGCGGUGCCGAAAUAUGAGGAGUGCAUUGAAGUAUCCACAGAUGCGUUCGAUGUGGAGACCUUUCACAACGAGGAGAUCAUCACCGACUGGCUAAAGUAAAAUUCCAUUUGGACAACACGCGAAUUA